AUGUUCGAUCUACCAAAUGCUAAGCGCGUCCGCCGCGAUGAGAUGCGCUCUCCAGCGUCAUCCCGCUCACAAUCACCAGCACCAGACGACGACGCCGCCCAGGAUGCAUACGCCCGCCUUGGAAAGCUACUCAAUUUAAAUCAACUGGAUACUGCACAGCAGACAACUAGCCAAGAGAACGAUCCCUCGCAAGCGGCGGAUAAUGAAGACGAGGAACAAGAAUUCGAGUUCCGGCUAUUCAGCGCCCCUGCCAAAUCAACGAAAGAUACCACCGAGCAGUCAGGAAAAGAUACAGAUGAGAAAACCGCAGAGGCCCCCACAAUCCAAAAAUUGAGGAUUCGGUUGCAUUCACCUACACCCGGAUCUGGCGCUAACACUGAGGGACGAUUUGUGAAAGCCUUCCGUGGGUGGGAUUAUUACUUCUCUACACCUUCUCUUCAAGGCACGAGGAACGGGGAACCUACCGCCGAAGACGAAAGCCGGAUAGCGGAAAAGAAGAAACAAUUUGAGGACGUGGCCGUUAGCGGGCAGCACAUGCUGACAUGGGCCAAUUCCUUAGUCUGGCCCGGCUGCCAUCUCCCCUGGCGAGUUAUCCAUCUCAAGCGACAUCAGACCAAAAUGCCACGGCCAGCCAACAGUCUUCCAGUCUACGUGGUAGAGGGUGCACCCGUCUCUAAGAGUCCACUUACACGCAAGAAGCCAGGCAAGAAGCGACGAGUGCAGCUACGUAAGCGCGUUGCGGCCGCACAGGCUGCUAAGGAAAAUGAAGCAGAGAAGCGGACUCGGAAGAACCGCGAUAGGAAACUCAAGCGCAGACAAAAAGCGAGAGAGCUGAAGGCUGCAGCGGCGGGUGUCAGUGUUGAAGAUGUCGCUAUGGCUGAUGGUGAUGAUCAUUCCUCAGACGGGAAUGAAUGA